ACCUCAGCCUCCGGAGCUCAAACUCCUUCUCUAACCUCAGCCUCUGGGCUCCAACUCCUCCUACCUCGGCCUCUAGAGCUUUAUACAUAUUUAGACUAUUUGAUUCAUCUUGCGGUGGAUCUUUAAUUCUUUCUCCAACAAACGUAAUCACACCAUUGUAUCAGAAUCUGUUGUUGCUCUGUUACCCAAUUUUACAACAUGUAUAUUUUGGCAUUUUUAAUAAACUUUGAUGUUUAAUUAGAAUUGACAACAAAACUAAAUGAUUUAAAUGGCCCGAGGCAAAGCUCAUGAUUUAAACGGCGUUUUUAGGUAAGUUAAAUGGGCAAUAAAUAUGAUUUGGGUCAAGCCAGCUUAAAGGACUCUAGAAAAAGCCGUAAAAUCGCAUUGAACAUUUCAAUUCUAUUAUAAUCCCCUAAUUAAAGAAAAAUUUCUGGAAAAAUGGGGAAAACGAAGCGAUACUGGUUACUCAAAACAGAGCCAAGUGAGUGGUCAUGGUCAGACCAAGAAGCAAACGGUGGCAUCAGCAAAUGGGACGGUGUCAAGAACAAACAAGCUCAGAAGAAUCUAAAGUCCAUGACUUUAGGCGAUCUCUGUUUCUUCUACCAUUCCGGAACCAAAUCGAGAUGCGUCGUUGGUGUGGUGGAGGUAUCGCGUGAAUGGUACACCGAUGAUGAUGAUGAAGGAGCGGUAGAUGUGAAAGGGGUUGGUGAGAUGAGGAAAUGCGUGGAUUUGAAGGAGAUGAAAGGAGACAAAGGGAUUAAGGAUUUUGUUUUGUUCAGACAGCCGAGGUUGUCUGUUGUUCCGGUUGAGGAAGAUGUUUGGAAAAAGAUUUGUGAAUUGGGAAAUGGGUUUUGUGGAGAUGGUAAGGAAGAUUGUGAAAGCAGUGAUGAGUCUUGAAUUGGAUCUGUUUUUUUUUUUGUAUAUGCGAUUGAAUGAUUGAUUCAUCGUGUUGUUUUACCAUUAGAUGUCAGUAUCUCUUUGUUUUUCUCUUAACUUGGCUGACGCAUUUGGUCGAACAUGUGGUGUGCAAGCCAAACUACUAGGUUAAUUUGUUUUUGCCAAGUUAAUCAAAAAACUUUAAAAAUA